AUGUCGGAGAAAGACGAGGUCGCUUCCGUCGCGGCUUCCCACCUCUCCUCGCAGGCCCGCUCUGCCAAAGAGGACAUGAUGAAAGAGGGCCUCACUCCGGACCACCUCGAGUCUCUCUACACCGAUCUUCCAGAUGACGCCACCGCGCUCAAAGCCAUCGUCGGCACCAUGCGCAUCGAGAUCGCCAAAAAGGAUCAGCUUCUCGCAAAGCUCAAGGAGGAAGUCGAUGAGGUCAAGGCCUCCCACUCGGUCGUGCUGCAGCGAUCCGCAGAGUGGCAGGACGAGCUGGAAACGCUCCGGCUGCGUGUGCCGCAUCUCGAGCAGGAGCUCCGAGCCGAAAAGCAAGCAAGAGAAGCCGAAUCGGAUCGCGUCAAAGACCUCCGCAUCCGAGCCGAGGAGAGUCGACGUGCCAUCAUGCGCCUCCAAGGAGAGCAGUCCGAUGCGCGCACAAAGGCCAAGGUCGACAAUCGCCGCAGCUGGAUUCCCGCCGCCACCAACCCUCCGCCAGUCCGAGACGAGAACGAAGAGGCCGAGCUCAGGAAGUCCAAGCGCGCAAGUCUCGCCUUUGGCCCCAAUGCGCUCAACCUCGCCUCCCGUCCCGGCAGCAGCCAGGGCUUCGGCCACCGUCGUACCGCCAGCGGCGGCCGCAGCGUCUCGGGAGCUUCAAAGGGCGACGGAGAAGACGUCGAGGAGCCUCUGAGCCCCACCUUCGCCAACGGCCUCCGCGGCCUUCGACUGUCGGGUACAGCUGGCGCCAACGGCACAUCCAACUCGCUCCUCCUUCCCGUCACCACCGCUGCAGACGACAGUGGCUCGGCGCCCAAUUCGCGCCGCAGCUCCUUCCGCAGCGACAGUGGAAAGUCACCCAGAAUCGGGCCCAACGACUUGCCUGCCCAGGAGACGACCGACAUGGCCUCCUCGCUCGGCGCGCGUCUUUCCGUGCCCGGUGCAGGUCUCGGUGCACCGCGCACGUCGCUCCUCAGCUCGCCAGCCCUGUCGCAGGGCGCAGCCAGCUCGGCGGGUAUCGGAUCGCCCAUCAUCGAGGACAACGAGGAGGAGGAGGCUGGUCCUAGCCUGUCUGCUGCCGUUGCCAGCAAAGCACUGCCGAACUUGCCCACCAGGGAGUCGUCGAUGUACGAUCGCGAGCUGCGCGCCAAGGAGGUGGAGAUCGAGCGUCUCAGCCGAGAGAUGGCCGAGAUGCGGCUGUCCAUGGACGAAGCGCUCGAGGCCAGAAAGGCGAGCGAGGCAUGUCUCAAGGCACUGCGCGACUUUAUCGCCAACCACGAUGCCGAGGCGGAUGCCAACGCUCAGAUGGGCGACGAUGCCGACCGCAUCGUGCAGCGCGCCAGUUUCGGCACAGGUCUGCUCAAGGGCGUCAAGCUGCCGCCAUUGCCGACGGACAACAUCGAUGAUGCCGAGGAGGCAGCCCAUGUCAAAGCCAGCUCAAGUCCCCAGAAGACAGCCACGGCGGGUUGGAGCAUGAAGCUGCCCACGCUCAUGCGCAAAGCGACGUCCUCGAGCACAGGCGGUGCCAGCGCGUCCAACGGCCCAACGCCCUCGGACGAAGCGCGUUCAGGCAUGCCAGGCACAACGCCCUCCUCGGAGGCCGAUGCCAGUGGAUCCGGGCAUUCGUCGCCGCGCGGCGCGGCAUCUGGUGGUCCUGCGCCUCCGAAGUCAUUGGCAUCCGGAUUUGCCGGAUUCAGCAACUUGCUCGGCCGUACAGGCACCACGCCAAACGAGUCUUCUGCCGCAUCGUCAUCGUCGCAGUCGCAAGCACCUAUCGCGGACAGCAUCGCGUCGCCACAGCCCAUGGCGGACGAGGGCGCGGGCAGCGGCUUCAAGGGUUUUGGCUGGUUCAAGCGCAGCUCGGUGCUCGCCGGCACGUCACCAGCGGCUCAAGCCGAAACCAACGUGAUGGUGGAGGAAAAGGUCAUGUCGCCGCCCUUCCGAUCACUCGACCACGACCAGCUCUCCAUCUCUCGCCAGAGCGUCAUCUCACCCCUAUCCGAGACUCAGGCCAAGCAGCUCGCGAAUGGCUUCGAGGCUCAUCCACCGCCGAUGCGAAGCUCGAGCUCGUCCGGAAGCGCACUCGCCCUGGCGGCCAGGUUGGGCGACGAAGACAAUGCAAAGAAGGUGGCGGAGAACAUCCAGCGCUCCGAGCCCGAGCGUUCACACAGGGCACAGAUGGCGGCAGAAAAAACCGAGCAGGUCGAGCAUCUGACUGACGUGGUGCCUAGUUUUGAUUAG